GUGCAUAUUUAUGACUCGUAUGAUAUGACGCAUUUAUCUCACGAUCCCUGCUCUAUGCAUCACGUAGAUUUUUAAGAAACCAACUAGAUAUAAGAGAAAAUAGCUGCACCGAAAUCUCGAGUUGAUGCGAAAAUGGCUAGACUUUCGUACGCAAAAUUCGCGGUCUUUCUGGUGUUCGUCUUUGGCUGCGAUGUGACAUCAAGUCAAUCAUUGAUUCCUUUCGCGGGCAAGAUUACCAUAGCUUACAAUGAGACUAUCGAAUGCGACUCGGAAUUUAUGUGCGUCGAAAACAAGUGCGACGAAGGAAAAUGGUGUAUACGGUUAGACGAUAGAUGGGUGCAAUAUGCUCUUAUAACUUGCGACCAAACUACAAAGGAGAGCUACUGCAAUCGUGGAAUAUGUUCCGAGGAACCGCCACCUCGUUGCGAGCUCAGCUCGGAAUUCACCUGUCCUAUGAUAGACGGCGUGUAUCCUGACCCAUCGAGUUGCAGACGUUAUCACAGAUGCGUAAAAGGUGUUCGCAGAACCAACAUUUGUCCGGCAAAAAAUAUCUAUGACCAUCGAAAAGGCGAGUGCACGUACCAACGUUAUAUUAAAGAUUGUGUGCUAUUCAGAUGCACUGGCCAAGAUGGUCAGCCAAUUGUAUAUCCACUAGACAAUCGUAUUUAUGGCAGAUGUUUCUCCGGCAAAGCAUACAUCACUGGACGAUGCCAAGAACACGAGAGAUACAAUUUAUUCACACAGAAAUGCGAAAGAUACUGCAGAUCAGCCAGCACCCAACCACCAGAUUCUGGCAACUGCGGCAAGUACGUCUUGUGUGCUGAAGUGGCACCUUACAGAUAUCAGCAGGUAGAAAUGUCCUGCGGUUGCGACCAAGCAUACGAUGAGAAUGAGAAACGUUGUGUAUUAAACGCUCCUUGCGUAAAAGACACUCCUGAAAUAUGGUGCACACCGAGAAAGAAUGAAAUAGAACUGAACGACUGGUCCGAUAACGGUAAUGAUAAUGGCGAUUUUGAGAAGACCUUGAAUCAAACUAUCGAAACUAUCGAAACUACCAAAAUUAUCGAAACUACCGAAACUACUAAAAUUACCGAAACUGCUACCGAAACUACUACCGAAACGCCUACUACAGUCGUUAAUAAUGUUAAAAAUUCCAAUUCCAGUGACAAAGGGAAUCGACAAUCUAAAAAUUCUAAAUCUAAAAAUGUACGUCGAAGCACAUUAAAUGAACACCCAAAUCAACAAAAUAAUAAUAAUUCCGAUGCCAAUAUUGUACUAUCAAUUCUGGUAAAUAACAAUUCAAAUGACAACAAUAACAACAUUGAGUACGAUGGCAAUGAUGAUAUUGAUGGAAAUUUGGUCAAGGCAGAUAACGACAAUAAUGAUAAUAAUGAUAAUAAUGAUAAUAAUGAUAAUAAUGAUAAUAAUGAUAAUAAUGAUGAAAAUCCUGAAAUCAAGCAACGUGAGAAUUUUGUUAAACAUAUUUUUAACUGGAUGAUACGCAUAAUUAUAGGACAAGCUAACUCGUUCAAGUAACACAUACAGUUUACUGUAAUAUACACACAGUCAAUAACUGAAAACAUUUCGCAUUAAAGUAUCCUGCAAACAGUAUCUUUUACUAUUCUUCUUUUUAUAAAGAUUUGAUGAUAUUAAGUAAUUAUUUAUAUAUAUUACAGUAUAGAACUUUUGUAAUUCGACUAAAUUGUGUAUUAUUUUAUUUCGCACUGAUUUCCGACUAUCAAUGACGCACAGCAGCGUACGCUUGUAAAGUCUUAUAAUAUAAAAUAACAAAUAUAGAAUAUAAUAGAAGUGAUGCAUAAUAAAACAUGUCACUUUUGAUGUG